AUGCUGGCAGGCCUCCUGCUGUGCUCGGCCACAGGCCUGCUGAUGGUGGAUCAGCGCAGAGAUGCAGAGGAAGACCAGGAGCGCAACAAAGCCAUCUUAGAAAUGCUACACAUUAAUAAAGUGUCUGCGAGCCAUCAGGCCAAGCCACAUCCUUACAUGAGGGAGAUAUAUCAGCGUUUGGACUCACUGGAGGUUCAAGACUUUGCGAGUUCAGAUGGAACGCUGGUGCAGAGUUUUCGGAGUGUUGUUGGUCCACAUUACGCUCGUCCAGGCUGGAUCUGGUUUAAUGUCAGCAGCCUGGACCCCUCCAUGCUGGGGGCAGAGUUGGUUCUGUUCAGGAAGACCCUGCACCCCCGCCCCAUCAGUGUGACUGUGACCCUGCACAGUGUCACAGCCUGGCAGGGAGCUCUGAAGGAGAGUCCAGCCCUAGAGGACAGACUGCUGUCCCUGGACCAGCGGGCCUCAUCUGGAUAUGAUGUGUUUGAUGUCUCAGCUGUUCUGCCUGUGAAGCCUCUGGGAGGGGUGGGCUUUCAGCUGCAUUAUACAGACGAGCGUGGGAGUCUGGUCCUCCAUGAAGCCCUCACACAAAGUCUUUACUGUUUAAACAGAGGAUCCCUGAGGGAACCCUUGCUGGUGCUUUACCAGUCACCCCCCCUCCACAUCUGACUGUGACCACUGUUAGUGUGAAGCUGAUCACUAAAUCAACCCCCCCCACCUGAUGUGGUGCCUAUGCAAACUGUUUGAGCACAAAA